GAUAAUAGAAUGUUUCUCCUUCGCUAUUUGUGCCCUUUGGCUUUCACAUAAGAGAGUGUAACCUAUUUUUCUCAAACACAAGUCAAGAGGUAAGGAGAGUAGUACACAAAAAAAAAAAAAAAAUCUCCUAAUGGUUCCAACUCUGCUUGUUGUUCUUCUGCUGCUUCCUCCGUUCUUCCUACUGGUAAAAAGAAUUAAAUUGAAGUCCAUCUCAAGGAAGAUACAUCUACUUCCUUCACCACCAAGGUUUCCUUUCAUAGGUAAUUUGCAUCAACUCAGCUCGUUACCCCAUAGGUCCCUCUUCGAGCUUUCAAAGAAGCAUGGACCCCUCAUGCUUCUACAGCUUGGCUCAAUUCCCACUCUGGUUGUCUCAUCGCCUUCUUCUGCUCGAGAGAUCAUGAGAACUCACGAUCUCGUCUUUGCAAGUCGGCCUUCACUUAAGGCAUCAAGGAUUUUGCUCUACAAUAACAGUGAUAUUGCCUUUGCUUCCUACGGAGACUAUUGGAGGCAGAUCAGGAAGAUCUGUGUCACCAACCUCCUUUGCUUAAAACAAGUGCAGUUCUUCAGUCACGUUCGUCUGGAGGAGGUAUCAUUAAUGAUCGAAAAAAUUGCUCGCAUAGCUUCCACUAGUAAUGGAGUUGUUUGCAUGACUGAGAUCUUGAAUUCAUUGACUUGUGGCGUCCUGUGCAAUUCUGUUUUGGGAUCAUCGAUGACUGAAGAGAGGAGGAAGCUUCUUUGCGGGCUUAUUCGAAAGAACACUGUCUUGUUUGUUCAAUUAUUUUUCGAGGACUACUUCCCCCGGUUGAGAUGGCUGGAUGUGCUCUUUGGAUCGGAAGGCAAGCUUAGAAAACACUCUCAGAAAUGGGAUUCUCUUCUCGGGGAGUUUAUUGAGGAACAUGUUCGUCGAUUGAAGGAAGGAGAGAACACGAGCAGUUCUGAUUUCAUUGAUGUGAUGCUUCAGCUAAAGAAUGAUACAGGCACGGCGUUUGUUCUCACAAAUGAACAGAUUAAGGCAAUCUUAUUGGAUAUGAUUGCUGCAGGAACAGACACGUCCUUCGCAGUCCUGGAUUGGAGCAUGGUUGAACUCAUUCGAAAUCCACUAGUGAUGAAAAAGGUUCAGGAUGAAGUGAGAGGCAUAGCUCAUGGAGAGGAAAGAGUCAGAGAGGAACACUUGGGUAAGCUGAGCUACUUGAAGGCUGUCAUAAAGGAAGUUCUUCGUUUGCAUCCUCCAAUUCCAUUACUUCUCCCUCGAGAGUCAUUGCAAGAUUGUCAAAUACUGGAAUAUAAUAUCCCUAAGGAGACAAGAGUCCUCAUCAAUGCCUGGGCAAUCGGAAGAGAUGAAGUUUAUUGGAAGGAACCACAUGAGUUUAAGCCGGAGAGAUUCUUAAGUGGUGAUGUGGAUUAUAAAGGUAAUGAUUUUCACUACAUACCUUUUGGUGCUGGUCGUAGAAUUUGCCCUGGAAUACUGUUUGCAAUUUCCAUCGUUGAGCUUGCCUUAGCUAAUCUCUUUUUUCGCUUCGAUUGGAAACUACCGAGUGGCAUUUCUUGCGAGAGCAUAAUCAUGGAUGAUAGUAUGGGAUUAACUACUACGAGAAGAGAAAAGCUCGACUUGGUUCCACUAGAUGUUCAUAUUACUUAGAAGCUUUGCUGCUUGUCAUGCUAUUUUUGUAAAUCAUCAAUUUUAAAACAUCACAGCUUAUAUGUUUAAAAUAAUGCAGGGUUCUUGUUAUAGAACUGGAAAUAACACGGUGUAUUAUUUUUAUAUUGUGUUUGCAAAUUAGUUUUAUUUGAGUGCCCUUUGAUUUA